GGCCCAACUGAUGACAACCAAUAAGGUUUCCUCAAAAAGAACAUAUGGGGAAUCCCAGAGAGCGGCCCACUGCGGCUCAUGACGCAGACUCCCACACAGGUAAAGGUGAAGCGAGGUGGGUGGGACAUGGGGCCGACAUGUGACUCUAUGGUCAGUUGUGUCCGUGGGGGGGGCUCAGUCGGUGCGAGCAGAGCUGCAACGAUGGACCUGGUAAAGGUUGCAGGAGACGCAGUGAGGAGCCACCACGACUGUGCAGAUGUUUACUCCGAUAUGGCCACGGUCAGCUCCAGCGCAGAUAUAGCGGGGUCGGCGAGGAAGGCCUGCGAGACCUCCGUGGGCGUCGGCCUCGGCAGGCGGGGCCGGGCCUACCCGUCGCCGGCCAGGAGACGGCACCGCACCACCUUCAGCCACAAGCAGCUGGAGCAGCUGGAGGCGGCCUUUGGACAGAACCAGUAUCCCGACAUCUACUACAGAGAGGAGCUGGCUCGCGUCACCAAGCUCAACGAGGCCCGCAUACAGGUCUGGUUCCAGAACAGAAGAGCCAAACAGCGCAAACAGGAGCGGGCCUCCCAGAAGCUUCUCCCCGUGGGCUUGAUGCCGGGCCACAGGCCGCUGCUGGGCGGCCUGCACGUCCAGCCGCCCGCCAUGUCUCGGCAGUACUUCAGCCAGUCCCUGGCUCACAUCCCCUGCCUCCCCCCCGGCGCGUACUCCCGCCCCCCGGGGCCGUGCCCCUGUCCCGGCGUCCCACCGCAGCCGGCCGGCCCGCGGCAGCACGAGGACUGGUACGGCCCGCUGAGGAGCGGCCUCCCCUCGCCCGUGUUCUCGCUGGCCCCCAUGCAGCCUCUGGACCCCGCAUCCCACUGGAGCUAAGAGGGACAGAGUGGACGUGCCACACUGAGGAGUGCACAGGGGCAUUGUUACUCAUUUCGGUGGUAACUCACUUCCCCCCAUGAUUUACAUACAAAGGGUGAGAAGAUCCAGACCUGAGGAUGUUAUACGUGAAAAACGAAAGCAUUUGUGAAUGUGUAAAAAAAAGAUUGUAUCUAAUUUGAGCACAACAUUAUUAAUCUGAGAAUCCAAGUGCAGAUUUAAAGCCAAAAACAACAACCUUCAAGUUAAAACUACAUGUUGUGGCCCUUAUUUAAGCUGCAAAAGUAACUUCAGUGUCACACACAGUGUGGGAACUUUCUAUACUCAAAGUUCAGCUUUUAAACAGUUGUUUCAAUAGGUGUUGAAUAGCACAUGGAUUCUUAUUUGAUCCUCUUUGUAGUUUUAUUAUAUUCUUAACCUAGCUCUCCUACAUCUACUAACUCUAAUGGAGAUUACAGUGAGAUUACUGUGUGAUGUAACAUCGGUACUACCAUACUGGUAAUUCUGUAUAUUGCAUUUUAAAAUGUUUUGUCUGUAUGUCUCUGUACAUGAAACAGUACCUUCAAAACCUUUGUUAGUAAAUCAAAUAAAGAAUAAAAAAUACCCCCUCCCUCUAA